AUGCAUCUACACGACGAACACAUGCGGAACAGUGACGUGAAAAUCUAUGUCAGCAUGCGAUUCGAUGAACUGGAAUAUGACGACGACAGGAAAGUUUGCGAUGCUCGGACGUUCUCCAACUGUCGACUUGCUAUCAGCACAGGCCCGAUUGCCGCUAGCCCUGAAAAUUACAUGUUGAGAUUGAAGCUCGAGACUGGACUAAGCGUGUUUGCAGAUCCAGAGACAGGGGCACAUGCGGGGAAUUACAUUCGAGGAAGAUAUUUCACAUUACCGGAGGACUUCGCUCGCGCUAUAUCAUGGAUCCGAAAACGCCUCGCGGAAUGCGGUGCCUAUCACCAAGAUUGUGCGGCCACCGAGGAUCGUGAAAUGCCAGACAACUUUGUGGGAAUGGGCUUGUUUGAUGUGGAGCAAGAGCAGACAGAUUCGUUAUGGUGCUUGCGCCUGAUCAGAGACCGUGGACUUAUGCUACAUCUAGAUCAAGAUGGAAAGUGUCACAGAUUGGGUAAAUUCGUCGUCAUGGACCAGGCUUUCUUUGAAGACGAGCCGGAGAGGAGGGUAUCGCUAGUUUAA